CCCUCCAUUACCCCCCCGCGGGCUGUUCCGCUGCCAUCACUCGCCUCCCCCCGAUUAUAGCUAUUUCUCCUAUCUACGAGCAGGCGACUAACAUGGAUAUUGCAAAUCAGUUGGUUGCCCAGGGGCAGUUCAGGGUGCUGAAAGUCCCACUGGGCUUCAUCAAAAUUUUAGAAUGGGUGUUUGCCAUCUUUGCAUUCUCCACCUGUGGGAGUUACUCCGGCUCCUUCAGGAUGAGCGUGGAGUGCAAGAACAGAUCCGACAGUGACCUGAAAAUAGACGUGGACUUUGAGUAUCCCUUCAGGCUCCAUCAAGUGUAUUUCAACGCUCCUACCUGCAAGAAUGGCCAGUCUGAUCGCUUCUUCCUGGUUGGUGAUUACUCCUCUUCAGCAGAGUUCUUCGUCACCAUCGCCGUAUUUGCAUUCCUGUACUCCAUGGCAGCUCUCAGCAUCUACAUAUUUGCCUUUGAGAAGUACAGAGAGAACAAUAAAGGACCACUGAUCGAUUUCGGUGUGACAUGCGUAUUCACCUUCAUGUGGCUGGUGAGCUCGGCAGCCUGGGCUAAGGGCUUGUCGGAUGUCAAGACGGCUACAGACCCAGAGAAGGUCCUGGAUCUGAUCCCCGCCUGUGAAAACAGUGGCAACCGAUGCCGUGAAGUUUACGACCCUAUCAUGUCUGGUCUUAAUACUUCUGUCGUCUUUGGCUUCCUCAACCUGAUCUUGUGGACAGGUAACCUGUGGUUUGUGUUUAAGGAGACUGGGAUUGUGGCACCAUUUAUGCGCCAGCAGCCUGCCCAGGAGAAGCAGCCCGCCCCUGACUCCUAUGGACAGGCAGGUUACGGGCAGCAGGACCCGUAUGCCGGUUCCCAGGGAGGCUACCAGCCCGACUACAGCCAGCAAGGCUACAAUCAGGGUGGAGACUAUGGCCAGGGUGGAUAUGAACAGCAGGGGGCACCCACCUCCUUUUCCAACCAGAUGUGAGCGAAGAAAAGUCUGAGGAAGCAGGAGUUGGCUGGAAGAAGGUGAUCGUUUGACUCUAGCAGUGUGGUGCCUGAACCUUACCCACAAUCCCACACCUCUUCCUGUUUGUGCGUCUGUGCUUACGUCUGUGAAAGGAAAGGG